UUUCAACUUUCAGUACGUCAGCCGCGGUCGUGGCAAGUAUUUGUGUUGAUAGUGUUUAGUAUAAAUUAUUUAGUUCGUUUUUAUCAUAGUGAUAACCGCCCACGCUUUCCUUGUAAUAAACAAAUCACAUUAUGGACAGAACUAUGUACUUUGGUGGCGUGGAAGGAGGUGCGACACAUUCAAACCUGGUGAUAUGUGACCAGACGGGUAAAGUUGUCGGCAGGUCUAAAGGGCCCGGCACGAACCACUGGUCGCUUGGGAUAGAGGAGUGCGCGCGGAGGGUCAUAGAGAUGCUGCAUGCUGCAAAGAUUGAUGCGGGGAUUUCUCUGGAUGAACCGUUGGAUUCAUUUGGUUUGACUCUGUCGGGAUGCGAGCAAGAGAGCAGCAACACGGUGCUGGCGGCAAGAUUGAAGGAGAAAGACAAAUCUUGCUCCAGAGAAGUGUUCGUCGCUUCCGAUACAGCCGGAUCUCUAUUUACAGGAGCACCUAGUGGCGGGAUGGUCCUUAUAGCUGGUACUGGAUCGAAUGGAUUGUUACGAACACCGGAGGGUCAGCAGUAUGGCUGCGGUGGCUGGGGACAUUUCCUCGGAGACGAGGGCAGCGCGUAUUGGAUAGCCCAUAGAGCUGUGAAGACUGUUUUUGACCAUGAGGAUGGUCUCCGUCCCUCCCUGCACUCCACUGAGCGUGUGUGGACGGCUGUCCAGGAACACUUUAAUGUCACAUCACAAGCUGAACUCCUGCCACACGUCUAUAAACACUUCGAUAAAGCACAGUUCGCUGGAUUGACAUCAAAGCUGUCCCAAUUAGCGUAUGAGGGGGAUGAGCUAGCGCAGCACGUGUUCGCUGAUGCGGGUUCAGCACUUGCAGCCCACGCUGCAGCACUCGCAGAUAAAGCACAGAGGAGGAACCGGGGUGAAAAGGGACAGGGGGAAGAAGUGGACGAAAACGGAGGAGAACUGAAAAAAAUAAGAGUUGUCUGUGUCGGCUCGGUCUGGAAGAGCUGGUCACUGUUGAAACCUGGAACUCUGAAACAACUCAAUAAGAGACGUAUAACAACAAAUCUUGAAUUUGUACGCUUGCGUGUCUCGAGCGCGAUCGGAGCUGCCUGGCUUGCUGCUAAGAACGUUAACUUUGAUCUACCGAGGGAUGACAAGUCGUACUGCGAGGUUUUCUACACUUACACACCAAAUAUUAACAAAAUAAGUAAGGUGAACGGUCACAACGGAAAAGAAAAUGGCGUCGUUGGCUGCGGAUUUGCCGCUGGUGUUGUAGGUUAUGUGACUUUAAAGGAAAAGGUGUCUGCUGCUAGUGUUAUUAAUUUAUCAGGCAGACGUGACCAGUUUAAUUUUAUAGCUGAUGUUGUAGCCGUCUCCGCGCCUUCUGUAGUGUACAUUGAAAUCGAGGAUUCCAGAAGGUUGGAUAUAUUUACUGGUAAACAAUUAACACUGUCUAACGGAUCAGGUUUUAUAGUGAAGGAAGACGGAUUAAUAUUAACCAACGCUCAUGUUGUGGUUAAUAAACCUAAUGCGACCGUCAAAGUACGGUUAAUGGAUGGUUCAACUCAUAUCGGUAUAGUUGAGGAUGUAGACCUGAAGUCAGAUCUUGCCACCCUUAGGAUACCCGUCAAGAACUUGCCCACAAUGACACUUGGUUCAUCAGCUGAUGUUCGGCCUGGCGAGUGGGUGGUAGCGAUGGGUAGUCCUCUGGCUCUGAGUAACACAGUGACUGCGGGUGUUAUAAGUUCAACUCAGCGAGCUAGCGAGGAACUGGGCCUGAGAGGCAAAGACAUGGUUUACAUACAGACGGAUGCCCCUAUAACCUUCGGGAACAGCGGUGGACCACUCGUCAACCUGAACGGGGAGGCGAUAGGUAUCAACAGUAUGAAGGUCACAUCGGGAAUAUCAUUUGCCAUACCAAUAGACUACGUCAAGGACUUCCUCGAAAAACGUACAACUAAAACACCACCAGUUUCAAGAAGAUACUUAGGCAUAACGAUGCUGUCCUUGACACCCAACAUACUGAUGGAGUUACGAAUGAGGAACCCUGAGAUGCCUACAGAUAUUCAACACGGAAUUCUCGUAUGGAAAGUCAUAAUCGGAUCUCCUGCUUACAACGGCGGUCUACAGCCGGGGGAUAUUGUGACCCACAUCAAUAAUACGCCAGUUACAAACGCGACAGAUAUAUACGCAGCCCUAGAGAAGAACGUGGGCCCGCUGAGCAUGAACGUGGUACGAGGCAGGACGAGGAUGGUGGUCGUCGUGCUACCAGACAUGCACUAAUAAAUUGAACGGACGCGCGAUCUUUUAUUUAACCCCCACCCCUUACAAUCCUAUACCAAGAAAACAAUCGCGCCAUAGCGUGGUACGAGGGCAGAUUAUAAAUUAAUGCUAUACAUACAUGUAUGCUAUUCCUGUUGAUGUUUAUAUAUUUGUUGACAUAAGAGCGUGUGAUAAAAAGCUUCAAUGUAAUAUUAGAUCCGUCCCUGAAGUAAGUUUAAAAGCAAUCUCGUGCCUAUAUCGUUGAAUAUAUUUAUAGUACAAAUAGUCUAAUUGUUUUCAACCACACAUGUGAUUUUACGUGAGUAAUAGCUGUGCAGCGUGCACGCUUGACUUAACCUUAAUUGUCAAUAAAAAUGUUUAAAUAAUUUCUUCAUAGGAAUGGUUGUCGUAUAUAAUAGAAAUGUUCUGUUCGAUAAGGCUUUGCUGGUCAUUGGUGCUUUUACAGCAAGCCAUCGGAUUAAAGAGCUAUCGUUCGCACGUUACUGAAAACGGAAGACCGAUUUUAAGAACUGGAAAUGAUAAUGAUAUGUCGGGCAAG